GGACAAAAAUCAGGCCCAGAGAGAGCCGGGCUCGACUUUACCAAGACGCCAUCAGUUUCGAGAAGCCAAGGGCGUUGAGCGACAACUUUGCUCGAUCUAUUGAAAAGACAAAGAGCGGAAGCUACGACGAUGGCGCAGGUGGCUGCUCUUGCCCCAGGAGCGUCUCCCACCAAACCUGGACAGGCAAGACGGUCGACGACUGUUGCGAACUGGCACCAUGACGAUGCCAUCGGCCUUGUGACGGCGUCGGAUGGCCAGCAGGAGCUCGUGGGCCACUCUUCCGUCGCGCUCCUAGUCGGUCGGUGCAAGGCAGGCGAGGAGACGAGCCAGACGCAGGAUGACCUUCCCUCGAUGACGGGCCUCGGCUCGCUGCCCCACCAGCGCGUCUCGCUCCCCAACACGGCGCGUCACGUCUCGAGGAACCACGCCGUCUUCUUCUUUUUGCCCUUUGCCCCGACCAGGACAGACGAUGGCAAGUCGGGGUCCUGGGUCGUGAAAAUCAUCGGGCAGAAUGGAUUGAUCAUCGAUGGGAAGCGGAGACGAGGCGGGCAGGUGAUUCGCAUCAAGUCGGGGGAAACAGAGGUUGAUUUCUUUGGCACAAAGUGCCGCUUUGUCGGGCGAGGAAAGCAGCCGCAAAGGACAAAGGUUGGCAGCUCCAGCAGCAGUGCCUCCUCAAUCGCCGAGGUGGACAAGGAGAAUCUGUCGAAGGUCGACGAAGCUGUGCCGAUGAAGAAGGUUGCGUCUCAAGAGUCUAGGCCGACGCUGGGCACAGCAACCCGAGCAAACGUCACCACAACACCGUUUGCGCGUGCCCCAUUGGGCGAAGUAUCGACCAACGCACCUGUUGAGGACGGUCUUGGUGCCGAGUCGCAAGUCGACGCCAAGCUUGUGCUGCACGCGUCGCGCUCGCCUUCUCCUCCCCCCAAGACGCAUGUCGAGCGCCGCUUCGUGGCGAGAACGGAGAAGCGACCGCUUGGAGCGCCUCCCAGCCCGCCGACGUCCUCUCCCGCACCCUUUGAGACGCAGAGCUCGUCGCCAGUCCACCCUUCGAGUAGCACCGCCUUCAGAAAGCCUUCGCGGUUGGUGCGAGGGGGGAAGGGCAGUGACGAAGACGAGGAUGACGAUGACGACGAGGGCGGCGCUUCUUCUCCUUCACCUUCGUCACCCACCCUCGACCGACGUGCGGCGCGCAUGCAUCGCAGACCAAGCGCCGAAGAGGCCAGCCAAGCUCUCGCUGUGGUCAGGAUCGAGCAGAUGGGAGGGGACGAUGACGCCGUCGAUCUUGAUGACGACGAAGAGCGCGACGAGGACGUCGACGAGGACGACAAGGGAGAAGACGAGGACGGUAGCGAAGACGAAGAGAGCUCCGAGGAGGACAACAUGACUCCGAGCCCGUCGCCCAAGAAGAAGAAGGCGGCCAGGCCACCGGGCACGGGACUCAAGGUCAAACUCAAGAGGGUGCAGUUCGCAGCUCGUCCGACGUCGCGACCAACCAGCAGAGCAUCUACGCCUCGUUCUCGCACACCAUCACAGCAGCAGCAGCAGGACGGCACCGAAAAGACGCUGACGGCGCUGUCGAUGACGCCCUUGGCUCCGCUUCAGACUCACAUCCGCACCCUUGUGAGCACCCUCGCCCAGACCUAUGACCUCGAAGGCCUGCUUGCGGGUGCCAUCGUCUUCCAUCGCACCGCAACGAUCUCAGCCACUGAGGCUGUCCGCUCCGUCUUGAGCAGCACUCCCGGCCUGCUCCGGGGCGAGGUGGGCACCGAGGGUCGACACUUGGAACAUCUCAAGAUUCUCUCGCCUGGCUCAGCUUUGCAAGGAUGGCAGCUGCCCAACGACGCUGACUGGCACAGCGUCAUGAAAGGGGAACAGAUCCCUGGCGCUCCAACUGGUGAUCAACCUGGUGCCAAUGCGCUCCCCUCGAAAGAGGAGCGAGAGCGGGUGCUGGAGCUCUACCAGCGGAAAGCGUGGCGAGAACGGCUGGAAGAGGUGCUGCAGACGCGAGACUGCUUUGGAAUCAUCCAGCGGGCCGGCAAAGAUGCGAGCGGCAACCCGCUCGAGUGCUGGUACUACUACGAUCGUGAUAAUGACGAGGACAAGGAGCGGGCAAAGAAUUUGGGCGCUUUUGCGAAGCCCAUUCGGGGCGCCCUCAAGACGCACAAGCCCAUCUUCUGGAAAAAGUCGGCUUAUGGACACGAGGCCGUGGAGUCGGGCAGCACGGGCGCCCUCUCGCAGGCUGAGCAGCUGCAGCAGCUGCAGCCUAAGGUCCCCCUGUUUGAACCGGCGCCCGCGGCAACGGAGUCGCAGUGGGGAUCCUCGGGCAAUGUCCUCGACUCCUUUGUCUCUGCCAGUGGUGCCAAGCGAGAGUGGCAGGACGACGAGCAAAAGGCUGUCAGGCCCAGACCCACGCCCGGCGCCACUGCCGCUGCCGCCGUCUGGGACGAAACGCAGGUGCAGGAGGAUGAAAAGACGUGGGACCGCUUUGGCGACAUGGACUAUGGAGCUGGUCCGUCUUCUUCUGCGUCGUCAAGACCCAAGGCGAACAAGCGCAGGAAGCGAUAGGAAACCCUUCGUCGAUACUUCAUCUUUGUCUUAUUCUCUUCCACCCCGUUGCUGUUUGUCCCUCUUGACUAGUUUGCACAAAUAAUAUUGGAAUAGGACUCUUCUCUGAUGGUGA